CAAAACGUAUCAGUCGGCAAGGAAGCGGCAGUAGUAAUAUGUGAACAAGGGCUGAAGUGUUUAAAUGUGCAGAUUUUAUAACAUAAUAUACAGUCGGUAAGAAUAUUUGCUAGAUAGGUGUAUAAAACUACUUCACAGUAACGGCUUCCGAACUUACGUAUCUGUGGGUGCAAGGCCUCCACACUGAAGCAGUCAGUGCAUCCUGCAGCCCACUGGAACUGCCAUGGAGUCAGACACGAACUAUCAGGAUGGUCCACCUUUCUCUCCAGACCAGAGCCCAGUGGAGGAGGAUGAAGCCCCUCAUCCGGCUGGUCCUUCCCGUAUGCAAAGCCAGUACGAGCGGAUCGGGGGCAGAGCAGGAUCCUCGUUUUUUCAGACCUUGAUUCAUUUGCUGAAAGGGAACAUAGGAACAGGACUGCUUGGUUUGCCUCUGGCAGUAAAGAAUGCAGGCCUUCUGAUUGGCCCUCUGAGUCUACUGGUGAUGGGCAUUGUGGCCAUACAUUGCAUGAACAUCCUUGUGAAAUGUUCGCAUCAUCUAAGCACUAAGUUGGGCAAACCAUAUCUGACCUAUGGAGAGGCAGUAGAAUAUGGGAUGGAGAAUGUGCCUUGUUUACAGAGGCAUUCUGUUUGGGGAAGGCAUGUGGUGAAUCUCUUCCUAAUCAUCACCCAACUAGGCUUCUGCUGUGUGUACUUCGUAUUCCUCAGUGAAAAUAUCAAACAGGUGAUCGAGGCUGCCAACGGGACCACACUGAACUGCAACACCAACGAGACUGCAGAGAUGGUUCCCAGCUAUGACUCACGCCUCUACAUGCUCUUCAUCCUCCCUUUCAUCAUUGCACUGGUCUUCACACGCAGCUUGAAGUGGCUCACUCCUUUCUCAUUGUUCGCCAACUUGGUCAUGUGUGCAAGCCUGGUGUUAAUCUAUUACUACUGCCUAACGCAUAUUCCAUUCCCCAUUGACCUUCCAAAGGUUGGUAGGGCUGUCGACUACCCUUUGUUCUUUGGAACAGCUAUAUUUGCCUUUGAGGGAAUUGGUGUGGUCCUGCCACUGGAGAACAAAAUGCAGAAGCCACAGAACUUCCCCAUGGUGCUGUACUUGGGCAUGGGCAUCGUCACCCUGCUCUAUAUCUCCCUGGGUACCAUCGGCUACAUCUGCUUCGGAAUGCACAUUGGGGGCAGCAUCACCCUGAACUUACCUGACUGCUGGAUGUAUCAGUCGGUGAAGUUGCUCUACUCAUUUGGGAUAUAUAUCACCUACGCGCUGCAGUUCUACGUGCCGGCCGAGAUCCUUAUCCCGCCAGCAGUGUCACGAGUUGGUGCCCGCUGGGAGCUGCCUGUGGACUUGAGCAUCCGUACGGGCCUAGUCCUCUUCACAUGCGUGUUGGCUAUACUAAUUCCAGAGCUGGAUCUCGUCAUCUCGUUGGUGGGUUCUAUUAGUAGCAGUGCCCUGGCGCUCAUCAUCCCUCCCCUCCUACAGAUCUUUACCUUCCACACGGAGGGCCUUUCAGGCUGGGUGGUACUCAAGAACCUUGUCAUUAGUGUUUUUGGCCUGGUGGGUUUCGUGGCCGGAACCUACAUCUCUAUUGUGGAGAUCAUCUCACGAAGCCAUUCUAAGCACGUUGAUUCCUACCUUCAGUUCAUGUGAUUACCAGACUUUUAUUUUGAAAAUUUAGAGCCUUGAUAUUUGCUUACCAUUUGGCCUAUUACUUUUAAUUAUAUCAUACUUGAUGAUUUUUGUUUAAAAAUUACAUGUUGCUUCUUUACAGUAAACGUUUGGACCUUAAGUGACUCUCUCUCUCUCACACACACACGCGCACACACACUUCAUUUUAGACAUGCUUGGGGCGAAGACUGUGUUAAAUCUGCCAGCUACAAACCAAGUUGUAAUUUUGGAGCCCAGCACUCAAAAUUUUGAAAUUUGUUUAAAAAUAAAAAUCAGAAAGAAUGAUGCUAUUUAAAUGAUUAGUAAUGGCCAAAUGGGCUCUUGUAUGUUUACAGAAAAUAAAACAUAACAAAUAUAUUAUGUCAUUGGUCAGUGGUUUCUAUUUAUUUUAGUUAAAAUUAAAAAAAAAAUUUGUUUGAUACUUUUUCUAUCAGCAUUUUCUUUUUUUCAGGUCUAAGCUUAUUGAAAACCGUGUACUUUAAAUUGUUUACAAUUAUUGUAACUGUAAUUAUUUGAUACUUAUUAUUUGGUGUAUGUUUAGUUUAUCAAUUUGUUUGUUUGUUUUUUCUAAUUACAAAUGUGAUCAGAGGGUUUCAUUUACCUGUUUCAAACUGCCUUUCUAAUGAUGAGUCUCAUAUGGAGCAAAGAUCAUCAUAUCUCAGUUGGCAAAAAAAGGUUACUUGUGAUUAUCUUAGAAAACAGGAAAACCAGGAACCAAACAUGAUUUUAUAGAAACAAAGUCAAAUGCUUUUUAGAAUUCAAAUCAGUAGUAUAAAUGUUCAAUAACUGUUCUGUCUUAAUGAGUCCAUAAGAAAAUGGUUUGGGUUCAACUGGUAGUUGUUCAUGUUUUUUGGUUGGUUAUUUUUGUUUACUUUCUUUGUUUGGGAUGGGGGGGGGGGCAUCUGUCUGCCUUGUGCAUUUAUACAGCAUAGGUGCCAAAGGAUAUGUGAGAACUUGAUGUAAGGUUCCAGUUCAUGAGUUGUAUUUAAUAUAAAACUGAUAUACUGUUUUUGUUGCAGUUUUUUUUAUUGUUUGUAGCAGUUAGAAUUUAAUGUAGUUUAGUUGGGGUUUUAAUAUAAAGCAUAUUUGCACACUGCAAAUAGAAGCACUAUAAAAAUUUGUAUUUGUAAUUUUUCUCUCUUACAUUUCACCAUGUAAACAGUGUAUUAUCAUUGAUUGUAUGUUUGAUUCUGUAUGUCUAAACAAGACAUUUAAAGCCACAAUUGUUUGUACUGUGUCACCUCCCAACACAUGCUGUUACCUCCCAUUGGCCUUGCUCUCUCAGUGUUCUGUGGGAAAGCAAAGUGAAAUAAAACCUACUCUGGUCGUGAGAUCA